UCUAAGUGUUUGCAGGUCAUAAAAUCUUAACUAUAUUCAUUUUCAAAAGCAGCUGAUCCUGUUUGGACGUCACAACUCGUGAAGUAUUCCAUGUAAAUUCCAUGAUGGAGACUGGACAUGUUUUUGUUUUUCCAAUUCUGGUUGAGAUUCACCACUACACACUUAUGAGGAUCCCAACCUCUGAGUGCAGAAGUCCCAUCUCAUCCCGCGAAUAACAAGAAGCAGAGACAUAGGAGCAGGUCCAGGUGUGUGCAGAGGCUGCUGGGUCACUGGGAGGUGGAGGAGAAUUCUGCUGGUCUGAGGAAAAUAUCAAUGUACUCUUCAUAGCGCUCAGCUGGAGAGAAAAACAUUCUGUCCGAGGGUCCUUGAACUCACCACGGUGACGCAGCAGACCGUGCUGCACAUGCGCACUCAGACUGCGCGGAUUGUGACUGAAUUGUUUGGGGGAAGCACUGACGAACAUCCCGGACAGCCGUGUAACAUUUGUGUUUUCUGUCGACCAGGUAAAAAGACUCUUUGGAGACCUUGUACUUCCACAACCAUGAUCAAGCUGGUGUGCAUUGCGAUGGUGGCUGGAUUGGUUUUUGAUCUAGUUGAACCAAUGGAGAAAAACCAAAUGAAUUCACUGUCUCCCAGGUUUUCUAAAAGGCCACCACGUCCAGCAGGACGAGAGCCAGAACUGGAGGUCUACUCUUCCGUUCCCAUUCAGUGUUGGACGGAGUGGUUUAACAGAGAUAAUCCAUCCAGAGGUGGAGACCGAGAGACUCUCUCCAGACUUCGGAGACUAUACCCCGGAAAAAUUUGCCUCAAUCCGGCCGGAAUUGAAGCAACAACUCUGUCUGGGACCCCUGCAGACAAAACAGAAGAUAAGAUCUUUAAGAGUGACACAACCACAGGAUUUAUCUGCAGAAACAGAGACCAAAAACAUGGGCAGUGCAAUGACUAUAGAGUUCGUUUCAGCUGCCCUCCUCCCUACUGUUCCAAAAAAGUUUGCUGGACCAAGUGGUUCGACCGGGACAAUCCCUCUGGAACAGGUGACUGGGAGACUUUGAGCAGCCUCAGAAGGGAAAACCAGGGCAAAAUUUGUGAAUCCCCCUGGUUCAUCGAGGUGGUCACCAAGGACUACCCUCACACUCCUGCCAUCCAGACGGGAGAGAACUUCUACAUGUUCAGCCCGACUCAGGGCUUUGUUUGCCGCCAGAAGGAUCAGAGCUCAAAAACAUGCCUGGACUACAAAGUCCGGUUCGGAUGCCCGUGCACCGAGUGAGCCUUCACUCCCAGCUGAUGAAAAGGGAGAACUUUAUGCUAUCACUUAAUCUCCUCAAUGCUUCUACUUUGUUCUUCUUAAAUCCAACAUUCUCCUCCCAUUCUCACCACAUUUGACCCUUUUCGCUGGUUUUAUUUUAAACCUCAACAAGGAAGAAAGUUAUCGCCUAAAAUACUCGCUCUAUGUCACCAUUUUAGGGUCUUUCCCAUUACGUUUGCACGCUUUAAAACUUUGAACUAUAAAAAACAUAUUAUGCAAAGACACUGAAAUGCAAUGUAACAGGGACGGAUUAUUUUUAACAGACUCCUUAUUAAAUUGAGUGCAGACAGGGACUCCUCGUGUUAUUAUAUUUGACAUGAAUGGCAGUGUCCCAGAAUAAAUAGACAUUUUGAAAUGUGCAACUGAACGGAAAAAUGCUGCAGAAUGUAUCAAGUCGUAUACAUUUGUGGAUGAAAUGGGGUAGAAAUAACUGCUAAUUUUCAGUGGUUUGUUAGAAAAGAAUAGACGGAUUAAAGUGGAUCCUUUUUUUGAUAUAUCAACAGUUCUAUUUCUACAAAGCACCAGAUGUCUGAAAGUAGAGCUAAAGUGGAUGUUUUAUGUAUUUUUCUUUCCAAAUGUACGGGUAAAAAUGAUACGUUUCUGUUCUUUCUCUUGUUCUGUGUGUUUUCACGGGGAAAUGAAAUCAGCAAUUAAAAUAUGAUUGAAAA